AUGGCCUCCGAAUUGAAAAAUGGCCGCCGGCGGGCUACCAGCAGCGCCGCUACCAGACCAGGACACACAAGACGAAAGUCCAGGGCCGUUAUCCAGCCAAAGUCAUCUCAUACAUCAGACGAAUUUCUUCAAGACUUCCUGGACCCAACAUUUGAUCCCGCAACUUUCCUAAAUGCGACCCUGCCGCCAUUGCAGCAGCGUUCUGUACCUGGUCGAACAGGGUCGGAUAUUGCCCCUCUUGCUGAACUGUCCACACAAGCCCAGACUCUUAUUUCGCAACUUAAUGCUCAGACUUCACGAUUAUCAACUACUCUCACACAUCUCACCGAUGACAUUCUGAGAAGUGGGAGCCGUUUGGCUUACGAGGUGGAGUUACUGCGUGGCGAGACUUUGAGUUUGCAGGAGACGAUGAACGAGACACUUCAGGACGACAUCAAGAAGUUUGUCCCGGAAGGGCUGCAAGAAGCUAUUGAGGCAAAGAACGCUGCGGCUGCUGCGGCCAAGGAAGACAAGAGCGCGGCACCGUCAACAACUGCCGCUGGCACUAGCAGCGAUUCGGCAAACCCAGAUGACCCGGAGUUCCUCAAACAGCUACAAACAUUGACGCUCGUACGAUCACGGCUGGACUCAGUCAUCAAAACCUUCGGCGAUGCUAUGGAAUUUGUCUUCCCACCCUCAGAAAUUUCAGUUAGUUCCGGCUUCUUAUCAGUAUCAGCACCGGAACCUGGCUCAGCACAGCAGAGCUCGGAAGAGAAGGGCAAAGAAGUGCUACAGAACAUCCGGAAUGAGAUAUCAGACCUAUUGAACAAGUCAGAGGACCCUAUUCAAGGCAUUGAGAAGGCGGCGCAGAGAAUUGAGCAGCUCAAGGAGCUUUCACUGGUGUGGAAGGACACAGCAGAGGAGAAGGGCAGGAACAAAUUUAUAGAGAGUCUGGCUAAGAUGGUGGAAGACAAGCAUCGGGAUCUAAUGAGGGAAAUGGAACAGGCUACAAAGGAAAAGGGCAAAGUUGAGUCGCGAUCACGGAAGGGAAGUGUCACGAGAGAUGCUGCUGUGGUGGAAGAUACCAAAUCACCAGGUGGUUUUGGUCUAAUUAGCCAGUUACACAAGCUUAGAGGAGGUCUCUGA